AUGUCUGCAAAUCAACUGGAUCCUCACAGUGAACCAUUUACAGGUCCCCAACCUAGCGUAGAUUUGUUGCCCAAUUAUUGUCACCAUAGUGAGAAAAUGUUGAUGACAGUUGAUUGGUCACACGACAUUAGUCAUGUAGGCCAAUGUUUCGAAGAGGGUGUUGCUACUUUCCGUUUGGUUUUGUCCAAAUAUGCUAUUGAGUGUGGGUUUGACUUCAAAUUUGUUAAAAAUGAUUCAGUGUGGGUUACGGCAGUGUGCACGUUGCAAGAGCAAAAAGGGUGUUCAUGGUUGAUACAUGGAAGGGUUCAAACAUGCAAUGGUUAUUUUUACUUGAAAAGGUUUAACAACUUGCAUAGUUGUGGUGCUGUUGUUCGCACUGAGAAGAAUAACAGACUUAACUCUGAAUUGGUUUGCAAUGUUAUUGGUGAUCAGUUAUGUGAUAAGCCGCUUACACGUCCCACUGAUGUCGUGUUUGACCUAAAAAAUGAGUACGACCUUAAUGUUAGUCACCACGUAGCAUGGUUAGGUGUGGAGAAGGCAAGAGGCGAAGUGUAUGGUGACUAUUAUGCUUCAUUUGAUCAACUUAGGUGGUACGAGGAUGCGGUUAUGCAUUACAACCCUGGAAGUUAUCUCAACUUGGAUUUUGAGCAGUCUACCGGCCGAUUUAAGCGAUUCUUCAUUUCAUUCAAAGCUUGCAUUGACGGAUUCAACCAUAUCUGCCCAUUAUUGUUUCUUGACGACACUUUUUUAAAAGGGAGAUUUAAAGGCAAUUUGCUUAUAGCGACAGGGAAGGAUGGCAACAAAGGUUUAUUCCCAUUAGCUUUUGCUAUUGUUGACUCGGAAACAACUGCAAAUUGGACUUGGUUUUUACAGCAAUUGACAAAGGUUGUUAAUAGUGCUCGCACAUUAACUUUCGUAUCCGACCAUAAUAUUGGGCUGCUUGAAUCCUUGCCUGCUGUAUUCCCAUCUGCACACCAUGCGUACUGCUUACAACAUCUCCAAGCAAAUUUGAGGGACAAAUUAAGAUGGGUUGACAACCGUGUACGUUUUGGUUUAAUGGCCAAGUUGUGUGAAUGUGCGUAUGCUCCAACCGAGGCUUCGUUUCAGCAGCAUUGGACGAAGCUAAAAGGGACAGGACGAUCUGGAAUAAAUAAUUUCUUGGAAGAUAUGCCACCGAAGCGUUGGGCCAACGCAUAUUUCAGGUAUACAACCAGACCUGUUCUAUCAUUCACAUUCGCAUUCCCUGUCACAAUCACCAUCACAUUUACAUACAACUUCACACUCACUCAACCAGUUUCACAUUUGCAAUUUCACACUCCCUAA